UUCAUUCCUUCACUUUCUCCUUACUCAUCUCCUUCCUCUUCAAAUACUCAAACAAAAACACAACAUAGUGCAACUAAUCAAGAUAAGAUUACAUGGAUCCUAGUAAUCAGUACCAGUGCAACAAUAAUGGAGGAAGGAGCUCCUCCACCUCCCCUUCCUUCCUUUGCAGGCAAUCAAGCAGCAGGUGGAUCCCCACCGCAGAUCAGAUCAGGAUCCUGAGGGAGCUCUACUACACCAAUGGUGUUAGAUCCCCCACCGCUGAGCAGAUCCAAAGGAUCUCGGCAAGGCUUAGGCAAUAUGGCAAGAUUGAGGGCAAGAAUGUGUUUUACUGGUUCCAGAACCACAAGGCCAGAGAGAGACAGAAGAAGAAGCUCACAAUGGAUAAUAAUAUUACUCACAAUAACAACAUUAUCAACAGUGACAGCAACAAGUUCAAUACCCACACCAACAUUGUCCCUAACUAUGGGAUUUCGUCUGGUCUUUACGAUGUUGGCUAUGAUUAUGGUGGUUCCCCUACUGCGUUCAUGGAGAGAAGCAUCAGGGACUCAUGCAUGUCUUUAGGAGGUGGAGACCAUGGCUCAGUGGUGAUGGAGCCCACAAUGCCAUGGAUGUAUCACUACAUCAAGGAUGAAGAUCCACCUACCAUGGUGACUCGACAGAUCGAAACCCUCCCUCUCUUUCCCACUCAUUCCAAAGAUCAAGAAGAAGAAGAAGAUAAAGAAGAUGAUGAUAGUAAAUACUGUUGCAACAAUAUUGAUUACUGCGCGCAACUAAAUGGUUAUCAUGCCUGCUACUUGAGUACUGCUACUAGUGUUAACCAGAACCAGGAUAACUAUCACCAUCACUACACCGCAAAUGGAGCUGCUGCAUCUCUUGAGCUCACCCUCAACUCCUACUACUGUUCUACCCAAGGUUUUAACUCCAUGUGAUCUCAAGUAUCUCUGUAGCAGCACUACGUACUGACUACUACUUAAUUAGCCUUAAAAAUCUAGAGUAGCUAGCUAGCACUGGUGUUCGUACUUAGGCUCUUCUAGUUAAACAAGUUGUUCCUCUCUCUCAUGAAAUGUAUCUAAAAUUUCUGUGCUACGUUAUGUUGUAUGUGUACGACUGCUACUACCCUGUAGUUUGAGAGUUGCAUCUUUCUUUCUGUUGCU